AUGACGGUGUAUUGCCUCUACUACGUCUGCAUGGCUGCUCUCUCUCUCGUAGGACUGGCGCCCAAGUUCAACCGCGAAGACAACUUCGAACACGAGUGCUCAUGGCCGGCGAAUUGCUCUGGUUGUGAAAACAUCAUCACCGAUACUGGGUCGCGCCUUCAGACCGAAUCCUAUCCGAGCCUUGUCGAAAAGAUUACGCUGGUGGUCAACAAGACGCUCCUCACGACCCAAAGAAACUUCAUGAUACACAGCAGCAGCAUCCUCUUAGCGCUGUAUAUCAAACUCAGCGAGGCCAUCGAGAAGGAGCUGCCUUUGACAGACCUCGACCCGUCGCCAUCGUUCCAGGCGUCGCAUAGCUUGGUCAAUGCGAUGUCCAGAUUCAUUGAAGAGAUAUUGGUACAAGACACAGCUUUCCCUCAUAUUCUGAUUGCCAUACCCUCGGAACUACUCAGGGUCGAGCAGCAUACCAAUCAAGCGCCAAAAAGACGGUCCCUCUUAUGUACCUCGAUCAACAAUCUGAUACUGCUCCUGGGUCACCGUCUUUAUGAUGACGCGUCUAUUCAGAAAGACUUUAUGAAAAAUAUACGUGCUUGGAACGAGCUCGGCGCCGCCUUCGUGAAUGUGGCCAACACAUAUACAGAUAGGGAAGAGAGGCUGCCCUCUGAGCUUACCUUGUAUGCUCUCGACUGGUGGUACCAGUCCCCAGUCGAUGUCGAAACCUCGGUAUACGCGCGGAUCUUCCUGGCGACGUUCGACCAUAUGAUAAGCAUCAACAUCGAAGACACGAACAAAUUCCUCCACGAUUCGCUCGUUUCUGUCCAUGGCGCUGGGCAAGUUCUCGCUAGGAUGUGUGCGCAGUUGGAUAAUAAUGCCCUCCUCAAUGCCGAACUCGCAUUGGUAUUCAAAGGCUGCUCUGUGCUGUUGAUGGAAAGUAGUCUACGUCAAGAAGCGAUGGCAGAGGGAGCCUGGGACUCACUCUUCUCUGCUUGGUAUCGCCAAGUAGAUUCGGAGAAUCGUGCGUUGCAUCACGAUGUGUGGUGCUGCCUGUCCCUUAUACUUCACACGUCAAGUUUCCACCUCCAUCUGUUUGAACAGAGCGCCGGAAGUGGUGCUCCAGGCUCAUCGAAGACCUUGCAAACUGCUUUCAUGCCAGAGACUUACGACUUCUGUGCGUACGGCAUCACUCACCUCAUGAUGGCGCCUCCAGCGUCGCCCGAAUUCUUCGAGAACCUGCUCAAGCUAUGCAAAUACUACACACUCUUUGCGAAAUCACUUCCACGUGGGAAUGUACAACGCUCGGGCUCACGGCGUAACUCAAACCAUGUGAACGGACAAUCUCGGGACGGCACGGCUUUAGCAAAAGCAAUGCAGGACGUAUGGUGGCCCACGUGCGAAUAUCUUCGUUCAGUGGAGAAUGCUGGGGAUAUGACUUCGGAAGUCAGGGAGAUUUGGCAGGUGUGGCUGGCACUGGGCGCAUUUGUGGGGCUUGAUGAGCGCAAGGAGCGAGCGCGCUUCGAGAAGCUCGAGGCAAGCUCGCGAAGGGCUGCCGUUGCAUUUUGUGGUCGGGAGGGAUGCCGUUAUCAUUCGGAGAAGGCACCGGGGAGACUUCGUGUAUGCAAAGGUUGCGGCGAUACGGCGUACUGUAGCCAUUUCUGUCAGAAGACCGAUUGGAAGGAUGGAGGCCAUAAAGUGGUUUGCAAACGACUAACAUUCUGA